GCUCCUCGUGAUUGGUGUGCCGUGUUUACAGGCCGCUCGGGUUGUCUCGUUCAUGAUCGGAACCCAUUACCAACUCUCAAACCGCAGCAUUAAAAAGCCAAACUCCUGCCAUCAGAAUGACGAUGUAAAAUGACUUCGAAUUUCAUGGAGGGCGUAUUGGGGAGCAAAUUCCCCCCUGAUCCGACGUCGCCCCCGCUCUCCAGCUACGGACACGGACAGCACAGGAUGUAUCCGUACGUCUCCCUGUCUCCUCAGAGUAGCAUGUCAGUCACUGGAAACCUGUAUUACACCUCGAACGCUGAUUUCGCCAAGUCCUGCCGCUACAACAGCGGUCAGGCAAACGGCCUGGAAGGGCCCGGGUAUUCCUUCGGCCUGCAAAAUGCGGGGCCGGGGACCACUCCGACCAUGAUGACACCAUCGCAGUUUUUCACGCACCCCGCUUCGACGGACCUCAGCUCGUCCAUCACGUCGUGCAAUCAGUUGGGCAUAAGGCAACUGGACCCGAUACCCGACGUACCUAGGUAUCCUUGGAUGUCCAUAGCCGCCCUGAACUUUGCAGGACCGAACGGUUGUCCCCGUCGGAGAGGCCGACAGACGUACACACGAUUCCAAACACUGGAACUCGAAAAGGAAUUCCACUUCAACCACUACCUGACUCGCCGGAGGCGGAUCGAGAUAGCACAUGCGCUCUGUCUGACCGAACGCCAGAUCAAGAUUUGGUUUCAGAACCGGCGAAUGAAGCUCAAAAAAGAAAUGCGGGCAGUCAAAGAGAUCAACGAGCAGGCCCGCAUGGAGUCCUCCAAAGUCAAAGAUGAGGACAAGGAAAAGAACGGUGUGGACCAGGCCAAGAGGGAAGAGCGGAAGUCCGACCAUCCACCUUCCAUCAUCACCUCACCCACCUCCUUAAUUCUGGAGGACAAAAUUCGGAAUCCAAAACCUUAAGACCCAGAUUGAGAGGUGCAUCGUUUUUUCCAUCAUUACGUUUGCCAUAGAAUUGUUCCGAAGUCGGAGUAAUGAAUUAAUUAUACGUAUUAACAACUAAACCAUAGUUCACAAAUCCUUGAUAUGAUACGUAAGAACUACUUAAAUGACCAUUUACCACAAAGUAUUAGAGGAAACAUUUUUGAGUGAGAUACAAGAUUGAUGAAAGGAUUGUCACAACUAAUUUAUUUUAGCAUCUGCUCCACGAACAUUGAGACAGGUGCGUCUGCAUCCAUUAGAACUGUAGAAGCGGUGGUUUAUUUUUGAUUUUGCCAAAAAUAUGGCAAAUGAGAAUUCAUCGUUUAAAGAACAAGAAAUAAAGUCGCUGUAGGUUUACAGUUGUGUCUUCGGUAAUGGAAGUAUUUUCUAGAAAAGUUACUACUUACGUCGACGUUAAAAUAAAUACAAUGCCAAGAUGGCGAAGAACUGUAUUACGAUUGUGAUUAAUCGAUUUUAAUUCUCUCUUCACUUGUUUAUUAUUUGUAAAGGUAUUGAAAAGUCGUGGUGCAAUGUAUUAGUCUCUCAGGAGUUGAAAUGUUUCAUUAUGAAGUUUAUUUCUCAUUCUUACUGUCAUUUUUUUAUCCUUAAUCGAAAAGUUGAUAUUUUAAGGCUGUGAAAAAUGAUGCAUUGGCAUACGUUAUGUGAUUUUAUACAAUGAUUUAUGACUGGAAAUGUUACAAACUUUUUUGUUGUUAUUAUUACAGUCCACAUCGAACAAUAUAUACAUAGUACUUAAAAUUUGGAACUAUUUCCACUGUUAAGUCUGUUUUUCAUUUACGGAUAUGCAAUGCAUCUUUUCAUUUUGAUGUUAGAAUGAAAAGUGUUGGCACAAAGUGGUAUAUGUCAGUGUUGAGUUAAUACGUAUUAAAAUUUUUAAUAUUUUAUAGGGGUAAAAAACUCAAAUGUAUCCAGUAAUGCCUUUACCAGUGAAAUGGUGAGAGCUGGUAAAAUAUGUAAUGCUAAAACAAGCCGAAAGUACAGGCAACUUUGUCCAGUUACUGCAUAAAAUGAUUACUUAUUCUUCAUGAAUUGUUAUAAGUUUCUUUUUCCAUGAAAAGAUGUAAAAACGGCAUUAUUUUUUAAUACAUGCCAUUGGUGGAAAAAUAAAUUAAACAUAUGUGUGGAGUAUAUCCUGACUCAUAUAAAUAACGGAAGUAUUUCAUGACUUAUAUAAAAUUAUUUAGAUUUUUCGAAAUUUUCAUAGCGCUGUCUAUAUAUUUUUAGAUGAUUUAAUAAAUCAAAUAUCUGAAGAAAACACUAUUUGCAUGCUUAAAAUUUUAACAGUUAAAAAAAGUUCCUGUAUAAGUUAAAUUUUUAGGUUUCGGAAUUUUACACCAUUUUUUUUUUUUAUUGGUAGUAAGAUGGGCAGUUUAAGCAAUAAAAAAUAAAUAAGUAAAUAAAAUAAAAACUUUUAACAAUCUGAAAGUUUUCAGAUAUUAUUUUACGCCCAAAGGAUCCUUUUGUUUCGCUUUUUGGGCUAAUAAAACAAAUAUCAGCUUACUUUGCAAUGGGGUUUUGUUAAUUUAAUAUAAUCAGCAAUGAAUGUUGAUAAAGAUUUCAAAAUCAAUAAUUAAUUCUGAUAUACAUUCGAUCAAAAAAUGAAACGCUGUAGUAUUUGUAACAAUAGCCAUUGCAUAAAUUUUCAAUCUCAUUUUUGUUUUUAUUAAUAUAUUAUUGUUUUUCAGAUUUUAAUGAACAAGUGAAUAUAUAUUUAUUGCUAAUUUUGAAUAUUUUAACAAUAUUUUUACAUACAUUAAAUGAGAUG